UUUCAUCGCGUUCGGUUGACCGACUCGCUCAAUUUUGAGUUAAUUUUUUGGCCUGGCCCACUAAAAAAAAAAACCAAAAAAAAACUAAAACAUAACAAAUCGAAAACAAAGCCUCUUUGCGCCCCAUUAAACAUAUGCUAAAUUAGUCCGUUGUGUAAAGGUGUAAUACCAUGAUUUUGUCAUAAUUUAACUACCGCAAAACCCAUUUAUUUGUGUUAAUUUAAACCUAAUUAGUUAAGCAAAUUACCGACGUGUUUGGUAAAAAUAUUUUUGAAAAUUCUUCCCCAAAAGUGCAGUGUUUGUGUUUGUGCUCGCAAUUGAAAUCGUUUGUAGAACGGUAACAGGUAAAACAACAAAUCAACAAACAAACCAGCCAACCAGCGAACGAUGUCGGUGAAUAUAACCAUUAAAAUGAAGUUAAAGUUGCUCCCGAGCUGCAUACAAAUGGAGCUGUAAAUAAGCAAACAAACAUUUCCAGCUGUUAAUGAUAGGACGGGAAAAUCUUCCAAGAAGUGGAGGACUCUCACUCACUACCUCUUCCUUGGCGAGGACUAACUGAAAGUAAAUUGAAAUUGCAUCACGUUCUCGGCUCCGGUCCAGUGCGCAUCCAUCGGGUUUUCCAUGCUGGCCGACCAGAUGCAGAUAGCCCCGGCGUGAGCACACACACACACACAUCGGGCAGGAAAAGAUAUAGCUAAAGAGCCACAGCUACGGACACAUCGUAUAUUUCCCAGCCAAAUGUAUGCCGGCCGGGCGACACAAUUUGCCAAAACCAUCAGCAGCAUGGCGUGCAGCAUUCAGAAGCAACCUCAGGCCCCAACAUCGGUGGAUCCUGGCACGACUGGAGUGGAACGAGUGGGCGGAGGAGGAGGAGGUGGUGGCCCCAGUGGAGCUGGCACCGUUCCCUCCACACCGAAAUCCAACAAGUCCGCCCAGCCGAGGGGCUCCCUGCCAACGGAUGUUAGCAACCAGCCACCGUUGGAAUUCCAAUGGCCACCGCCCGUUCCGGUUUCGAUUCACACGAGCAACUUGCGGCUGAAUAUGAUGAACCAGGAUCCCAAGGACCUCCACACGGCCAGGGCAAUCAUCGAGGAGCUGCGCUCCAAGGUGCGAUUCCAGACGGAGCACAUCAUGAAGUGGCGCAAGGCGUACGCUAUGCAGGUUCAGCAGCACUAUCGGUAUCAAAAGGAGAAGUCAGAUCAGAUGAACUCGCUCACCUCGCAACUCCUACUCCUGGAAUCCCGGCUGAAGCGGAAGCAGAAGCAGAUCGCCAGCCUGUUGAACCACCGAGAGUUGACCAUUCAGCGACAGCAGAAGAUCAUCGACACGUUGUCUUCGCGCCUGGUGGACCAUGGUCUGGAGACUAUCGAAGCCAGCUAUGCCAAUGAACUGGACUCCCUAAACGAUUCCGAUUCGGCGGUGGUGCUGGAGGACAUCGACUCGGACAGCCCGAUGACCUUGGGCACGCGACGAAAGAGCAGUGGAGCUGGUGGAUUGGGUGGGGUGCUGGGCAGCGAUGGUAUCACCAUAGUACGCUCCAUAUCCGACGCCAUCGAAACAAAUCACAACAAGUACGGAGCGGCUAGGCGAAACAACUGCUUUCUAAGGCGCCCCGAUAUCCUGGAGACGGUUUACUCCGUCGAGGAGGAUCCCGAGCCCACCACGGAUGUGGCCGAGAAGCGGGACAAGUUCAAGAACCGCUCGGACAAGGCCCUCAGCUCCAGCUCGACCGAGGGUCAGAUAGACGCCACCAGUCCCUCGGCCGCCGACAAAGCCAAAGAGUCCUCGCCCGUAGACGGCGGACCCACCAUUCCAAGACGCCAAUUGGGAGCCCUCAAGAGGUCGCCCAGCCACGAUUCACCCUGCACCACGCUCAGUGUCAAGGUGCCCCAGCUUCAGCCACCAUCUCCUCCUCCCCCAUCGGCUUCGGGAGCACAGGAACCGCUCAACGGAAAGAACCAGGUAACUAACUACAACCGGGUCAUGCUGAACCAUCGCUCAGUGACGAAGCCCAAGGACGUAAAGUACAAGCGCAUCAACAAGGCCAAGUCCAAGAGUCUGGAGGAGUUGCGUGGGCGUCUUAAGAACUUGGUGGAGCGGCCUCCGGGAUUGGAUGGUGGAUACUCUGGCGGCAUGAUGCCGCAGACGGCGCAGUCGUAUGCGUGACAUUUGCAGCAGCCGGACGAGGACGCCCCGAGGUCAGCGGUAGAGGAGAGGAAAGGUCAGCCGGAGGAGGAGACCGCAAGGCAGGGAGGACCUCGUCCGCGGAGGGAGAGCGCGGAGCCAAUGACCUCCACUUCGACUUUGACCUCUGCCCUCCAGGAGCCGCAGGCUGGCAGACAUGGCUUUCCCAAGAGGUCGCUGACCUUGCCGCGAAUCCUGGUGCCCCGCCAAUCGACGGCGGGACUGGCCAGUUCCAGCGGCGGGGGCGGAGGCGGCGGCGGUGGGCGUGGCGGCUUCUAGCAAUUAAAGAAAUUUUUCAUACGCAAUUGUGAUAAAAAGUAAAAACAUAUUCUUCCUCCGUCUCUGUGCUGUCCAUUUCAGUUGCUUUAACAUGAUUCUCUUUUGUAACAUUUGUUUCCUUGACAUUUAUCCUGAGCUUAGUUUUGGUAAACUUUGCAUUUACUUAAGUUUAGUUUUAGUUUUACAAACGGAACUGCAUUUUAACUUAACAUUACAUCUAAUUUCACAAGUAAAUAAAUAAUUUUUUAAACUUAUUUCUGUCUAUGAUUUCUUAAACUUAACAAAAAAAGCGUAUGAAAAAUUUCGCAUGUUUGUGGUUACAACCGUAAGUCAAAUAUUUUACAUAUGAACGGAAAGUGUACUCGAGGACAAUAUUUCAAAAUCCCAGAAGUUGAAUGGUGAGUAGCUCCAGUCAGUCCCAGAAUUGUGGGUGAAAAUAGGCUAGAAAGGAUAUUAUACAAAUUUACUCAAGGUAUUACUAAUUAGCGGAUAAGAAUAAAUACGUAUGUGUAAGCAAAAUGUUACUUGUUAGUAUUAUAUUUUCCGCAAAAUUUAAGAGCUUCUCUGAACUAUUCCCUACACACAUAAAGCAUUCAAGCAUUUCGGCAAGCUUUUGAAAACUAUACAACCAAAUAUAUUAGAACGUAUUUCUCUAUUGAUAUUCGACCUAGUUGUAAGCUCUACUCCAUGGACUGUCUUCUAGAUAACAGAAUUUACAAUUGAUCAUAAAUAUUUAGCAGUAUAUUUUCUUACUAACUAUUACUAGCUAUUUAUAAAAUAUUUAAUAACUUUAAUUAGCGUAAGUGAAGAAAAACAUAUUUUAUUUUCGCGUUUUAUGGAGAUUAUUUUGUAACUUGUUAUCGACUAUUGGGGUCUCAAGGGACCCCAAUGUCCUAAAUGUCAGAAGUACCUUGAAAACUCGUAAAAUUACUGUAACGAUAAAAAUCAGCAUAAAUAUUAGAAAAUCUGUUAGAAUCUAUUUUGGUGUGAACUUUGACAAUGGCUGCUAUCAGGUCUCAAUUAUGAAUAAUACAAAUAUUUGAAAGCCAAAUCAGUACAAUGCUUGGACAGCUGCAACACAUAAAAACUAUAUAUUCGGAAAAACAUAUAUCAUAUAAUAUCAAUAUGCAACUCGGUGUUUCAGUCAAUGUCCUAUAGCAACAAUACGUACCUACAUGUGUGUUAACUCAAAAUGCAGCUAUAAAUCGUUAAAAGAACAUAUUCCCAGGAUCUUACUAUUAGAAUUUGCAUACGUCAUGUGAAUAAAAGCUAUAGAUACAGUUAUAUGUAAUUGGUAAAACAAUACUAUUAAAUUCCUGAGUCAAUUUGGACGUUAAUUUAAAUAUUAUAAGCCGAUUGUUGCGAAUGCAUUUACAGUGCAUUGGCCAACAACCGUGGGUAAAGCGUGUUAUUCUGAAUAUAAUUGUAGUAAAACUAUGAAUAAGU